GAUCCCAAGGAUCCCAUUGCCAUCGAGAGGCUUAACCUGAUGAACAUGGCCAAGCUGAGCAUCAAGGGCUUGAUUGAGUCUGCACUGAACCUGGGUCGCACACUGGACUCAGACUAUGCCCCACUGCAGCAGUUUUUUGUCGUCAUGGAGCACUGUCUGAAACACGGACUUAAAAGUAAGAAGACGUUCCUUGGCCAGAAUAAGUCUUUUUGGGGUCCUCUGGAGCUUGUAGAAAAGUUGACUCCAGAAGCUGGUGAGAUCACAGCCAGCGUCAAAGACCUUCCUGGGCUCAAAACCCCAUUAGGAAGAGGCAGAGCAUGGCUUCGUCUGGCCUUAAUGCAAAAGAAGCUCUCAGACUACAUGAAGACCAUCAUCAACCAAAAAGACCUAUUAAGUGAAUUCUAUGAGCCCAAUGCUCUUAUGAUGGAGGAGGAAGGAGCUGUGAUCGCUGGGCUGUUGGUGGGCCUGAAUGUCAUUGAUGCUAACUUGUGUAUGAAAGGGGAAGAUUUAGACUCACAGGUUGGAGUCAUAGAUUUUUCCAUGUAUCUGAAAGAUGGCGCGCACAGCAGCAAAAGCACUGAAGGUGAUGGACAGAUUACAGCUAUUCUUGACCAGAAGAAUUACGUUGAGGAACUGAACAGACAUUUAAGUGCGUCAGUGAAUAACUUGCAAGCCAAAGUGGAUGCACUGGAAAAAUCCAACACAAAACUUACAGAGGAGCUUGCUGUGGCAAACAACAGGAUCAUCUCUCUGCAGGAGGAGCUGGAAAGGGUGAAGGAGGAAAGCUCUUACGUAGUGGAGUCUAGUCGCAAGGCAUCAAGGGCAGAUGGUACCGCAAACGGUCAAGUGCUUGGAGAAACUCGCAAACAGCUCAAAGAGGAAACUCAGCUCAGACUGGAUGUGGAGAAGGAGUUGGAGGUGCAGAUAGGGAUGAAGCAAGAGAUGGAGCUGUCCAUGAAGAUGCUAGAGAAGGACAUCUGUGAAAAACAUGAUGCUUUGGUGGAGCUCAGACAGCAGUUAAAUGAAAUGCGUACACUCAACCAUGAGCUCUCCAUUAAGUCACAUAGCUCAGAGGCCGGUGCAAAACAGAAAAGUGACAUCAUCAGCCGCUUGGAGGAGAAAACAAACCAGAUGGGGAGCAUUAUUAAACAGCUGGAGAGCAGAUGUAAGAAGGCGGAACGAGAGCGAGACCUGGCUGACGAGGCCAAUCGACUCUUCAAGCAGGAGUUUGGAGACAAGAUUGAGAGUCUGCAGGAAGAGGUGGAGCAGUUACGGAGACAGAGAUGGCUUUUGGAACAAGAGCUCAGGAAAUGGCGAGAGAAUCCUGGAGGCCACAUACCUGAAGCUCUGUUAGGAAAAACCCCACCUCAGAGAGACAUGGGACAGCAUGUGGAGGACAUCAGAAGGGAAUUAGAGUCUGUUAAAAAAGAAAAUGAUACAUUGCGUACUGCGCUUGAGGAAAAGUCAAGUCCGAGUUCCAGUUUGACGCUGUCACAUGAAGAUGAACGGGACCAGUCUCUUUGUAAAGACACUGACCCUACCAUCUGCCCAAUGUGUGAAAACCAAGACUCUCUGACUACACCCAAGAGGCAAUGUAAGAACUGCAGUGGUGUGUUCUGUGAGAACUGUAUGGCCAAUGAACUUCCUCUGCCCUCCUCCAUCAACCCUGAACACGUGUGUGACGUUUGCUACUCGCAGUUACUGCAGCAGUACGCAUCCUCCCCUUCCUGAGGGGGCACUCAUUUCUGAGCACAGAUUAUUCUGGCAGUAGUUGAAUGGGUAAUCCAUGACAAAUGACACAUCACAUUCUAAAUCAUCAAUCAGUACCAGGUAUCUCAGUUAAGCAACAUAUCAGUUAUUUUGUUUGCAUACAACAUUUGCCAAAAAGGGAUUCUUUUUUACAAGCUCUUGUGGGAAAUGCUUUAAAGAUUUUCAUGAUUUCAUAUAAUUCUUGAGGAUGAGUGAAGCUGUCCACCAAGUGGAUGUAUGUGGUUCUAGUACUUG